AUGACCGAGGAGGCGGACAGUAAUGAAUCGAGGAUCCUUGAAGAACCCGUGGUCGAGGCUGAAGCAACCUCUUGUGACGACAUUCCGGACUUCGCCGUUUUGUGCUCGUUUCUGGACCGCUUCGGGAGUCAAUUAGGAAUUCCGUGCUCAAUUAAAGAAGUGCAGUUCAUGCUCGAAAAACAAGGCAAUGUGUCCGAGCAGCUCAUAGACAUCCAUGUGAAACUACUCAGGAAGAUCCUUUCCGGCGCAAACAAAGUCCGGUUUGAGAAACAUUUGGCGAAGUUUUGUGAGAGCUUUCUGACACCGUACAACUUCUCGCUCGUCGUUUGCCUCCAAAAUGAGGGUUAUGCCAAGCUGGAUCUCGCGUCCAAGGUCCACAUUCUCAAAGGACUCCUCGAGCUCCAGUUCGAUUUCAAUACGAAGUUCAAACAGACUGUUAACGAGAAAACUUCCGAAGAGCUCCGUCUUCUACCUUUGGGACGAGAUGUCGACGGCAUGGUGUAUUGGCUCCAAGUCGAUGAAGAUUUGAAUGUUCGGCUGUUCUCCGAGGAUCUUGACGACGAGCAUUCCUUCAAGUUGCUCCACAAAACGAAAGAGGAGCUCGGCGAGUUCAUCGAAGCGCUGAAAAAGCUCAAAGGAGAGAAGUUCAAGGGCGAUAACACCCCCAAACGGCCGAUGGUCAAGCCGAAGAAGGCCGAAAACGAAGACACGAAAGCUGGCAUCAAAGAAGAAAUUUCGAAAUAUGAAGAGCCCGUCGGAGAUGAGGACGCGGACGGUCCCUCGAUAAAAGUUGAAAUCAAACGAGAAGUCGAGGAGAAGAAAGAACUCGUGGAGGAUCUCUGCAUCCGACAGAACGAGAACUCGCGCUCAUCCGGUGAAAAUCAGCUGGCGUUCAAGGCAAAAUUUGAGAACGAGGCGCACUGUCAGCCAUUGAAAGCUGAAGCACCUGUUGUCGGAAUGCCAGAAGCUGCGCACUCCGCUUCUUCGAAAGAAGUCCCGGGAAGUAUCGAUACCGCCGCGACAGACCUUUCUCUACCUCAUCUGCCCACUCCCCCCCACGAGCAAGAACAGAGACUGCCGGCAGCACCCCAAUCGGCGGUGCAUUCCCCACCUGUACCUCAUAAGAAAAAGUCCACUGACGACGACAAAACAGAUCACGCUGCCGAGGAUCUCCGCACAGGCAAGAAAGACGCUUCAGGAGCAGAUGUCGACGACGAUGACGACGACGAAGGGGAAACGCUUGCCCCGAGAGAAGACGAUAUCGGAGCGUCGACCGAAGCGGCUCCGGGCGACAAGAUGGACGUCGAUGUCCCCGAGAGCAAGGAAAGAAUCGAUAGCGAGAGCUCCGGAAAAAUUGGAGAGGAGCAGGAGGCUAAGCACGCCGAAACGAAACAGGAAGACGAAAUUCCUCCGUCGACGUGUGUCGAGAAAGAAAGCGAGGCACAAUCAGAAAAGGACGUCGUGCAAGAGGACAAAGAUUCGAUCGAAGAUCGGCAAAUGGAGGUUGACAAGGACAUCGAGCCCGAACCGCUGGAGCCUGCGAAGCCCGAAGGUAUCGAUGCUGCCGAUGCUCUCGCUCAGCCGCAAGCUCAAGAAGCAGCCGAGACUUCGGCAGAGCAGGAAGAGCCGGUCGAGGAAGCUGCUCCUAAGAAACGGGGGAGAGGUAGGCCAAAGAGAGGACACGGAAAGGAAAAAUCAGCUGCGAGUACAGAUGAUAAAAAACCCAAAACUGCGAAAGGGCGGAAAUCUCGAACCGCCGACGAUGACGAUGAAGACUACGACGGCGGAAAAGCCGCGAGGAAGAAGAGUAGGCCGGAGAACGAAGAGGACGAGGACGAGGAUGACGACCCACCGAAGGAACCCAAGAAAUUGUCCAGAGAAGCUCGAGCGCUGCUCGCUGAAGCCGAACGCCUGAGAAAAGCCGAAGAGGCGGACGCGGACACCGAGGGCAGACCUCGGAGAAGCUGCAGGAUGCGCCGGGAAGUGGAGAAAUACGCAGUUUCCGACGACGAAGCUUCGAAGAAGAAGCGGAAAAGCAAGGCGGACAAAGAGGAGGAAAAGGAGGUCGUUUUCGUUACAAGCAAAAACGCGAAAAACGCGAAAAAAGCUGCCAAGGAAAUGCUUAAAGCACAGAAGCUAGCCCACAAGGAGCUCAUGAAGAAGCUCAAAGGCAAGAAGAAACGCGGCCGCAAGGGUGAGUCGGACGAGGACGACGCCGAUUCGAUGGACGGCUUGCUCUACGGCGAGGAAUACGAGGAGCAUGAGGAAGACGUGUUGCAUUUUGACUACAACGACGAGGAUGAAUUCGCCUGCGACGAAGACAUCGCCGACGGAGAAUUCACUCACGAGGAAGUCAAGAAAGCGAGAACGGCGAAAAAAGCCGAUGAAACUAAGGCAGUUGUCGAUGACGAACCGUGCAGAAAAUGUAACAAAAGCGACCAUCCGGAAUUCAUUCUCUUGUGCGACUCUUGUGACGCCGGAUAUCAUAUGAGCUGUCUCAAACCCGCUCUGAUGGUUAUUCCUCUCGGCAACUGGUACUGUCCGCCCUGUGAACACGACGCACUGAUCGAAGCUCUCAACGGCAAGUUGAGUUUUAUUGAAGCCGAAUGGGAGAAGAGGCAGAAGGAAAUCACCCGGAAACAGAGACUGGCAUUCGUGUCGAUCAACAUAGGCAACGUUCUGCCUACCGGCAAAAGAGACGUGAACACAAAGAAAACUUUUGCCGAUGAAGAGGACUUCGAGGAUGAGGAGAGCGAGAUCAGUGAAGUCGGCAGCUCGGAUGACGAUGACGGGGAGUUCUCAGACGACAGUUCAGGUCAACCUCGACGUCGACGUGCAGCUCGACGAGGUGAUGCAAUUCGCGAGAAAAUGCAGGAGUACGACAAAAUCAUGCGUGAAGCAAUAGAUGACGAAGAGGACAUCGAGCAGCAGAGGAGUUCACCCCCAAGAAAACGCAGCGGGAAGGACAUGUCGAACUUCUUGCCCGAAUCGGACGAAGACGGUUCAGCGAAGAAGACGAAACGGCGACGGAAAUCCAAGCUGAGCGAUUUGAACGCGGCGGAUUCGGAAGAAGACUCGGACGAUUCCGAGUUCCAGGCUUCCGACUACAGCGACAUCGAGAUCAACAAGAGGAAACCUAAAAAAGGCCGCAGGCGGAAGUUCGCCUCCGACGACGAAGAGGAAGAGGAUUCCGAAGCAGGAUCGGACGCUUCCUGGGGUCGAUCCAAUGUGCGCAGUGCUAAAAGAUCCGCAGCUCGUCGCAAGAAUCCCCUGUCGAGGGAAAAGAGCUCCAAGAGUGAGUACGAAUGGGACCCCAAUCAAAUCUGCAGCCGAUCUCCUAAUUUGCAUUCCGCAUUCUUCACAGAGGGAGGAUCCAGAUGGGACGACUACGAUAGUGAGGCUUCACAGAGUUUCAAAGCUUCUAGCGACGAUUCCGGAGAUUUCUGUAAACCUCGUAAACGUCAAACAGUUAAUUACGCCGAAAGCAGUGACGAAGAGGACGAAAAGCCUCGAGCGUCAACUCGGCGGAAGAAGCCAUCCGAUGAUGAGGUUUCUAUCAAUGAAGAAGAGGAAGAGGAUGAGGACGACGAUGACGAGUCUACUCCGGAGGAAGACCCCAGCAAUGAAGAAGACCGAAGCGGCAGCGAGGACGAUGAGGAUGAUGACGAGGAAGACGAGGACGAGGAUGACGACGGCUCCGACUCGGAUGCUGUCGCUCGAAGAAAGAAGAAGAAACUCGCUCAGAAACAGAAGAAGGGCUCAGACAGAAGUGCUUCCAAGAAAGGUCGAGGAUCGAGCAAAAAAGUAGGGAAACCGGCCAAGAAAAAACCCGCCGCUAAAUCCGGUAAGCGAAAGAAGAAGAAGAACCUCAGCGACGACGAUGACGAUUCCGACGAUGGAAGCGAUUGGGAUAUGCCCAAGAGGAAGAGCAAGGCCCAAAAGGUUUCGAAGGACGAUGACGACUUCGAACCCGAACGGGAAGAAGCCGUGACGGGGGCGAAUGAGGUCGUCCGAAGAAACGGCCGAGCGGAAGCCAGCAAGGCGCGCGCAAAAAUUAUCGAGUCCGACGACAAUGAGGACGAAGAAGAAGAGGAAUUUGAGGAAGAAGACGCUCCGAAGGCGUGGCCGCCCCUGCCGAGCCAUCUCAUGGCGAAUAUGAGCAAGCAGAAGAAGCAGAAACAAUCCCUCGAGGACACCGAGACCCCGAAGCAAGCCGCACCUCAAGCACCAAUCGCUACGGAAGCAGCUCUUCCCAUACGACCGCCCGAAACGCUCCAAAACGUUGCUUUGCAACAACAAUCACCGAUUGCCGUCGCCGCCGUCCCGGCAACGGUUUUCGCCCAAGUGCCCCAAGCCGCCGUGGCGAGCUCGGUCCUCCCAACCGUGGUGAUACCAAGCGUGCCGACCGCUGUCGUGGCCUCCGUCGUUCCGAAUGUUCUAUCGGUCGCGCCGCCUAUGGCAGCGGUCUCUGCGGCGGCACAUCCGAUGGUCGCAGCUGCGCAUAACGGAUUGAGAACAGUCUAUCCCCCGAGCACGGCUGGACUGAUGCAGUACCCUCCGACGACGGGACAAUCCCCAGAAGACUUGGCCCAAUAUUAUCAGACUCCUGGCUAUUCUUACCCCGCUCAGUACGCUUACCCACCCCAUCAUCAAGCGCCCCCCAUGCCAGGUUAUCCGGCCGCUGCGUAUUCCGGCGCUCCCUAUGCUCACGAAUCCUUCCCGGAAUGGGGUCCGAGUGGACCUCAAGCGCAGGUUGUCGCCUCUGCGGUUGAAGAGAAACCGUCAGAGAAUUUUAGCAUCUCCAAUAUUCUCCAACAGGGAGAACCCAAUGAGGACAUGGAUUCAGUCACGUCCAUUGGAAACCUCAUGGGGAAAUAGAUUUUGGACGAAAAUUAUCCUGUACAAUGUCUAAUUUAUAAAUAUUUUAGUCAGAGCUUGGAAGCUCUUUGUAUUCAGAGAGAGGAUUUUUAGGGGUAAUUUUGGUCCGGAUGAAUAAUGAUUGUUCUCGGGAAUUUUGUACACAACUA